AAUGAAGGAAACCCAUUAAAAGCCUCCACCACAUGACACGUCGGUGGUGGAAAUGAGUCAAAGAGCAACACAUCUUAACGAUGGUGAUGCGGCCCGAAAGAACCACAUGUAACGUUGACCAGACGCUCAUGCUCCCGAAGCGAUGGCUUUGAACGUUGGCUCAGUAUCACUGGCAAACACCGCUAUCCGGCAGCGUCUUGGCAAUGUAUCGGUGUGUUAAAAUGUAUAAAGUUUCUUGCAGAUUCCCCGAGCACAACAUUUAUACCAAGCUCGCGGCCGGAAGAAGAUCGCACGUUCGACAGACUCGUUGUUGUAUGUUAUAUCCAGUGUGUCCAAAAGGGAGGGAUCUUACCGUGAACCUGACCAAUCGUAUACGCUGUUUGCCUUCAGUCUUCUUUUGCCCAUACGUGUGAGCGCUCUUCGCGACAAGUGAAUAAGAUUAGUUAACUUUACAAAUUUGAAAUAACAAUUAAAGGUGCUUAAAAAUGAAUGUGUACUGUUUAAUUUUUGCGCUAUGUCUGCUGUUUGCUGUGGUUUCUUCAGAAGCAGAAACUGGUUUUUACGUGCCCAAAGCAUACUACACAAUUGACGAACAUGGCUAUAAAUCCCCGCUCAUCUACAUUGACAAUAUUCCGCAAAUUUUCCAACGCACUAGACGAUCUGCCCAACUUCCUCCAGUUCCCAACUUUGGUUUCCCAGUAAAUUUUCCGGCAUUCCAGUUUCCUAACCCCGCACAGGGUGGCAACUUCCAGUCAGUAUCCAUUACCAGCGGAGGACCAAGUGGCUUGAACAACCGCUUCGAUGAACACGGACAAUCUGCUCCAGCAACAACGAUUAACACAUUCUCCUCUCAAAAUGGCCAUGUUACUCAGAUGACCCAUCACAUCGACAAGGACGGCAAAGUGACGACUCAUACCAACAACAAAAAGAACUAAAGACAGGUUAAUGAUCGCAAAUUUGUUCUACAGCCAACCUGCAGCAAAU